AUGUCGGCUAUGUACUCUCCAUCACGUACCGAGCCUGAGGUCGCCUGGGUAUGUGGCACAAAGACCACAUACAUUGCCUCAUGUGCUUUUCUCGACAAAUUGCGGGAAGAAUUUCACCAUGAUGGUAAUUUGUACACACUUGGCGAAAUCGGAAACCUCAAGGUCGUCAUCGCCCAACGGAGUCAAAAAGGGCUAACGGGCGGUGCCGACGACAGUGACGACGACGGUGAAUGUGGCGAGGCAGCAAGUGUCGCAAGAGAUAUACUAAAGAGUUUCCAAAAUCUGAAGCUUUGUUUAAUGGUCGGAAUCGGCGGUGGCGCCCCGAACACAAAGCAUGAUGUUCGCCUGGGCGACGUCGUCGUCGGCGUAGGUUGCGGUGCGAAUGCUGGUACCUUACAGUAUGACUUUGGCAAAUCCAUCAUACGUGGCGACUUCCAUGUCACAAGGUCCCUCAGUCAAACCCCCAGAAUCCUGAAAGCAGCCGUAACCGGGCUUAGAGCACGGUAUGUUGCGAACGGUCAUGAACUUGAAUACUCUAUACGUACCACACUGCGAAAAAAUCCAAGGCUACAGAAGGAUUAUCAGCGCCCAGACCAUACAAGCGACAGGCUAUAUCAAAGCAGUGUCGCACAUCCUACAAACGAUAAAUCAGACUGUGCCAUCACUUGUGGCGGGCCGAACCUUGUCCUGCGAGCUAAACGAAAUAUAAGUGAAGACAACCCUGCAAUUCACUUUGGUAUAAUUGCCUCUGCAUCCUCCUUAAUGACAGAUGCUUCCGUCCGAGACAAGCUAGCAGUGGAAGAGAACAUCUUGUGCUUUGAGACAGAGGCCGCCGGACUAAUAAGCCGCUUUCCCUGUCUUAUUAUUCGCGGUAUUUGCGACUAUUCAGACACCCAUAGAAACAAGACGUGGCAGGGCUAUGCAUCAAUGACAGCGGCUGCUUAUGCAAAAGACCUGUUGGGUAUAAUUUAUCCUGGCAAACUACAGACGGAAAGAAAGCUUGGGGAUAGUCUCUUGGGCGAAGGAAUCAAAGAACAUCCGACCGAAAAUUCGCAUUCUCAAGGACCAGGAGCCGCCCGAAUGGACCGAGUCGCCGUGGAAGAUGUCGGUUGGUGGAUCGAGACGGAGGUGCAAGAGGUUGAGGCGACCUUGAGGGCGAGAGCGGCGAAUAUUGUCUACUUUGCCCUCGACUUUGACGACUUCUUCCGUUGUAUCAGUGAUGGGCCAUUAGAAUCUUUUCUCACCCUGACUGCCAACUCCCCUACGAAUGCGAUUGCAAACACCAUGAGAGAAUACGUGACCUGGCGUUGGGGAACGGUAGGGUGGGACAUCGUCCGCUGGUUGAUUAGAGACCAUUCGGAUACCGCAUCCUCAGCACUAAACUUAUCUAUGUCCGCAUUUCUACAAAACGACGCUCCGAAUGAUGUGCCAAUUGUCGAACUUCGUCGCCUGAACAGUACCCCCACUGCACGCAUCCCGCAAUCACUGGCAGCAUAUCAGGCUCGCCGGAUGGGCGGUGUGAGGUUCAGAUUUGAUGAUGUGAUUGCCAAAUUGAUAUCUGAAUUGUCAUGGAUCGUGGCAACAUUCAAGACACCUGGUGACACCUCGCCUUCAUUCACCAAGGCCAAGCUUGAACAUAACCCCUUCCAAGAAGACUACGAGCUAUGCUUUCGGAUCACGCACGACGAAGCCCCCGCUGAGUUUUCAAACAGCAGUAAAGGGACAUGCUGGCACAGUCUGUUUUCUGGUACUAAUGUUGCCGUCGGCUUUCCGGUCCCCGCGCCGCCGGACGGGAUGCUGGGUCUGGAAUUGCCGUUGACCUUGAUGGCAGAUCUUGCGGGUGUUAGCUACCCUGUGAGAUACAAGAAAGGACUCGUUCUAAAAGGGUACAACAAUGCUCUGAUCCCCAUCUACGCCGGAUUUUGGUCAGGUUUGUCUAAAUCAACCAAAAGCUUGCAAUGGCACCUCUAUAGCGGCGGACAAGAGCGGCUUUAUAUGACAACAGUCAAGAAAGAAGAACCAGAUCUUCAACCCUUGGCUACAAAACCAGAUGAGGCCGCCUUUAUAGAGACAAUUGAACAGAUUCCGCGCCACUUCUUGGGAUUUUAUGAGAGGGCCACAGUUCGCGUCGGCACCAAUGCGUCUAGGGCAGAUCACAUUCGCGCGAUUCCCGACCACCUUCUCAAUGAAAGCCGUACCCGAGGUCUGCUUGAGUGGACAAGAACCAUUACCGCCAGCCUGGGUGGCGGUGGGAUGGGCUUAUCAGGCGGAAUAUCAACAGGUGUCCGUUUUCGUCCAUGGAAAGAGCGACAGAUGCGCUUCGCACAAUCUAUUCCCGACCACAGUAUCAUUCAAGAUGCUCUAACGAAGCCUACUAUACUAUACGAUACCAGGACCAAGGUUGCUUGGAUGUUACCUCAUAUCCGCGUCGUGCUGUAUCUCGUGCAAGCGUGGACGAAGCUACACUACCCAGCUGAAUGUGCGAAGGUGGAUUAUCCGCCCUUUGACGAAAACACUACAAAUGUUGGGGAGCUGCUCAGAGCGCUAGAACUAGCAUGGUCCCAGUUCCCUCACAUCGACUUUAAGCAGCAAUUCUUGUGGUACUGCAGAACGCUGGAUGGCCUACAAGAUGAUGAAGACCUGAAGCCUGCAAGGAGGUCUUCCAAUAUGCUUGCAGGUGUGGACUUUGCCAACCUAGCCCUCGCACCCAGGGAUUACUCAAUCUUCCGGGUGCCUGUUAAUCCCAAUGUGUCUGGGGAAUGGCCACAAAUGUUGAAGAGCAACUGGAAAGACGUGAGGCCGUAUCGUGUUCUUACAAUUUUCUGCAAUGAUCUCGACCCAGCGCCAAUUUCACCUCACUUUUGGAUGUGCAGUACCUGGUUACACCCGCCGUCGUUCCAAAAUUACUUGGUCGCUACUCGUCCUUGUUUGAAGACGUUGGCAGAGAGGCACGGGACGGAUCCUGUGAAGCUCUCACCCCAGCAUGAAUGCAGAGAAGGCCCGUCUCGCCUGUUUCAAACCUGUCGCACAGGAAUUUGCAACCCGCUUCAAAAAAUCAAGAGGGCACAGGGAAGACCAUACCGUGAGCUGACGUGGUUGCUGCAAGGGGAAGGGUUUGGACUGCGAGGGCAUGACGACAACAGCGAGCCGGUCCUCAUUUUUGGUGAAGUUCUUCCCGAUGGCUUCAACAGGAGUUGCCAUCCAACAAACCACAUGCAGCCUCCACUUCCACUGCAGCUACGCACUGUUGACCCUGGCACGGAGCGACCUGAACGGCACCCGCGAGGUCCCGUUGCGCCCGAGGAGGCACUUCCCCAACCGAUCGCGGAACUGAUCUAA